AUGUGGGCUGACGCUCGGGCGCGUGUCGUGAUGAUCCCUCUCGGUAACCUAGCCAACAUCCAUAUGCAAGAGGCCACCGGGAGAUGGGUAGAAGAGAUAGUUGUCUCCAACCGCCUGGCGAUGGUGGAUGAAGAGCUCAAGAGGCUGAAGGCUACGGGCGGUCCGUUCGGCUCCCAAGGCCCUUCUCUUCUGUUCCACUGCCGCUGUGUAUGUUUUGUUUUCCAUGAGUUAACGAACACCACCAUCAUCCACCACAGCAUCAAGGCCAGCAACAUCCUGCUCGACGGCCAGUGGACGACCAAGAUCGUCGACUUCGGCAUGACACACCUAUUCCUGGAGGACCAGACCCAUGCCCACACCCGCGCCGCUAGCACCAAUGACUACAUGACCCCUGAGUAUGUCAUGAAUGACACCCUCUCCAUCAAGGCCGACGUUUUUAGCUUCGGCUGCUGA